ACCCGCUGCACCGCGCCCGCCACCUCCACCCGACGGCAGCAUGGCUGAGGAAGAGUCUGACAAACCAUAUCUAGAAGAAAGUGCCUUUGAAGCACUGGAAAAGGACUCCCAAGAAUUCAUCAGUAUAUUGAGUAGAGAUGAAGCUCUGGAAAAAUUCCGUGUCGAAUAUGAGAAGCUUCUUGCUAUUAUGAAGAAGUCUCGUGAAAAUGAAAAACAUCUCAUGGAGAAAUGCAGGAAGCUGAGUGCUGAGCUUGUGGAAAAGUCAUCCAAAGUAGCUGUGCUUACCAAACUCACUCAUGAUGAUGGGGAAACUAUAUCAUCAUUGAAGUCGGAGCUUGAAAAGGCCUGGAAAAUGGUGGAUAAAGUCUAUGAAAGGGAACAGAAAACGAAGGAAACAAUUGAUUCACUGCAAAAGGAAAUUUCACGCCUAAAUAAUUUAAUGAAGGAAAGAGCUGGACAGGAGUACAAUGUUGAGGAUUUGCUAAGACUUCAAGAAGAGGUAACAGAAGAGCGAGACCAACUGUUGUCAGAAGUUGUGAAGUUACGUCAAAGUCUCACUGAAAUCACAGAGCAGCAGCAGGAAACAGAAAAGGCAAAAAAUGAAGCAGAGCAAUCUGUUUUGCAGCUUCAGCAAGACAUCCAGCUGCAUCAAAGCGAGGAAUUACGAGAGGCACGAAAGAAGGAAAAAAUGGAGACUGAUCUGAAAAAUCUUCUAGCUGAAAUGGAUAAGAAGCAAGCUGAGGUCCAGAAGUUGCAGCAACAAAUAGAGAAUGACAAAGAGGAACAACUGAAAAUAGAAAAUAAUCUUAAAGAGCAGAAGACCUUGAAUGAAAAAGCUGGUAAGGAACUUGAGCAAUUGAAGAUGAAACAUCAAAAGCUCACACAAGAGAGUGAGCAGCAGAGUGCAAUGCUUGAUGAUGUGAUGAAGGACAUUGGUCAGAAGACGGCACAACUGAAAGAGACAGAGGAUGAAGCAGCUCAUAUGAGCCUUGAAAUUUCAAAGCUGAGCAAAAUGAGAGAUGUUCUCCAGCAUAAGCUGCGUACUGCAGAGGAACAAAAAGUUGAUGCAGAACAUGAAAAAAGCAUGCUAAAAAAUCAAAUAAUCAGACUGGAGAAAGAGUUGGAGACAGGCAAAAAACAGGCAGAGACUGACAAGAGAGCCAUAGAUGGGCUUGUGAGGGAGAGGGAUAUGCUAAACCAGAACUUGAUCAAGGCUACAAAUGCUACUCAGAAGCAGAUAGAUUUGGUGAAGCUCUAUGAACAGUCAAAACAGAACUUGGAGACUGAAAUCCAACAUUAUAAGAUAGAAGCUCAGAAACAAAGGAAAAUUAUUUACCAAUUGGAGAAGGAGAGAGAUAGUUUCAUCAAGGAACUGAGUGAGCUCAAAGAGAAGGUUCUCAAUCACAUGAAAGAUGUUGAAAUGCAUCAAAUUCAGAUCUGCAAUUAUGAGAAGGAAAUAGAAGUGCAAGGGGUUAAACUAAAACAGCAAAAAAAUCUUUGUGAAACUCUGAGAGCAGAGAGGACCCUGUACAGUAAAAAUCUGAUUGAAGCUAAGGAUGAGAUAGCAGAAAUGAUGAUGAAACUGAGAAAUUCCACACGUCAGGUGGAUCAGCUGAAAGAGGAGAUCAAAGAAAAGGAUGUAGCCCUUGAGAAAGUACAAGUGGAAUUCCAGCAGUCAGAGGCUGAGAAAGAGUCGGUGAAAGCUGAACUGCUUAAGAUGACAAAACAGGCUCAUGAAGCCAAAGCCUAUAUUGAGAAUCAAGAGGCAGAAGAGAAAAGACUCCUAAAAAUCAUUUCUGAAGCUGAUGCAGAAAGACUGAAGCAGAAGAAGGAAUUUGAUAAGUUGCUCUGUGAGAGACGUGCCCUGGGGACGCAGCUCAUUCACCGCAACGAUGAGGUGGCGCUGCUCUACGAGAAGAUAAAGAUCCAGCAGGCCAUCUUAAACCGGGGCGAGAGCGAGUACCGGCAGAGGUUGGAAGACAUGAGGAUUCUCAAGCUGGAGAUCAAAAAACUUCGGCGUGAGAAGGGAAUACUUGGCAAGAGUGUGGCUAAUGUGCAGGAGCUCAGAUGGGAGUUUAAUCACAUGCAGAAGGAACUGUUAAAGGAACAGACUCGGUGCAAAAUUUUGGAAGAAGAGCUGCAGAAGCCCUUGCAAGUUCACAGAUGGAGAAAAUUAGAGGCCAGCGACCCCACUACCUAUGAACUGAUUCUGAAAGUUCAGAGACUACAGAAGCGACUUAUCAGCAAGACAGGUGAAGUGAUAGAGAAAGAAUUUCUCCUUCAGGAAAAGGAGAAGCUGUACGUGGAGCUGAGGCACGUGCUGGCCCGGCAGCCUGGGCCCGAGGCCACGGAGCAGCUGCAGCAGUACCGGAACAUCCUCCGGGAGAAGGUGAAGCAGAUCAAAGUUUUGUCCUCAGAACUGAGUAUGUGUGAAACACAGAGCAAAGAAUACAAACAUGAAAUUGAAAGACUUAACAAUGAGCUUCUGGAAGUGAAAAAGAAAUAUCUGUCUCAGAAACGCAAGGAGCAACAGAAGAAGGAGAAGGAGCGAUCCAGCAUUGAUAUGAGGACAAAAUUACCACCCCUCAAGACUGAUGUGCCUCACUUCAACAUAGGGGGCUUUCCUUCAAGCAAACCCAUUCCCAAAAUUGCAGUCUAG